UCAGGCAAAUAUUGGGAAGGAAGGACAAAGAAAUCCUAGGUGGAAAUGAUCCCUUGAGUCCACUGACAGAAGACCAGCGCAAAACCAUGACGGAUCGCUACAACAACAUCAUGAACCGGCUGAAACCUAUGAACUAUAAUCCUGAUAUCCACCCUGGCUUCACAGAACACAUUGUGAACACUUACGGCAUCCUCCGAGAACGGCCAGACACAUCAGGUGCUGAGGGAGAUUUCUACAACAACUUGGAGUACCUGCUGGACGUGAUCAACACAAUCGUUCCCUCGGAAAAGCAAGCCGACUGCAUAAUACUGCUCAACUGCCUCCAUCAUCUGUCACAGACCGACGGGAAGCCCUUGUUCAUCUGGUGAAGCCCACUCCUGGCCACCGAGCGCAUCCCACUGCGAAUGCAAUAAACCAUAA